AUGACACUUGAGUUUUUCACUUGGAGACACCCAAUACACGCGUCGUUGAGGUCAAGCGCUCUUUUUUCACAUCGCGUUGUCGACAGCAGAAUACUAACAAAUAUAGUGUACGUUAAGGGUAAGCACCUUUCCUACCAACGUUCGAAGAACGUCACCAACCCUAACGUCUCUUUGAUCCAAAUCGAGGGUGUCGCCAACCCCACCGACGCCAAGUUCUACUUGGGUAAGAGAAUCGCCUACGUCUACAGAGCCUCGAAGGAAAAGAGAGGCUCGAAGAUCAGAGUCAUCUGGGGUAAGGUCACCAGAACCCACGGUAACAACGGUGUCGUCAGAGCCAACUUCGUCAAGAACUUGCCUCCCAAGACUUUCGGUGCCUCGGUGAGAGUUAUGUUGUACCCUUCCAACAUCUAA